CCCGAGCCAUCCCGACCCGUCCCGUCCCGUCCCAUCCCGGUCCGUCCCGGCCCAUCCCGGCCAUGGCACGCCUGCCGCUGCUGCUGGCGCUGGGGCUGGGGCUGGGGCUGGGGCUGGGGCUGGCCGCCAAGUCCCCGUACCAGCAGGUCCUGCAGCACAGCCGCCUCCGCGGUCGCCAGCACGGCCCCAACGUCUGCGCGGUGCAGAAGCUGAUCGGCACGAACAGGAAAUACUUCACGAACUGCAAGCAGUGGUACCAGAGGAAGAUCUGCGGGAAGUCAACAGUAAUCAGCUACGAGUGCUGUCCUGGAUAUGAAAAAGUUCCUGGAGAGAAAGGCUGCCCAGCUGCGCUGCCACUUUCAAACAUCUACGAAACCCUGGGCGUUGUUGGCUCUGCCACCACGCAGCUCUACUCCGACCGGUCUAACCUACGGCCAGAAAUCGAAGGACCUGGAAGUUUUACGAUUUUUGCCCCAAGUAACGAGGCCUGGGCUUCCUUGUCUGCUGAAACGCUGGACUCCUUGGUCAGCAAUGUCAACAUCGAGCUGCUCAACGCCCUCCGCUACCACAUGGUGAACAAAAGGGUCCUCACAGAUGACCUGAAGCAUGGGACAACGCUUAACUCCAUGUACCAGAACCUGCCUAUCCAGAUUCACCACUAUCCCAACGGGAUUGUGACCGUGAACUGUGCCAGGCUUUUGAAAGCCGACCACCACGCCACCAACGGGGUGGUCCAUGUCAUUGACAAAGUCAUCUCCACCACCACCAACAACAUUCAGCACAUCGUCGAGACUGAGGAAAGCCUGGAAACCCUUCGGGCUGCUGUGGCUGCUUCUGACCUCAACAGCUUGCUGGAAAGCGAAGGGCAGUACACGCUUCUGGCUCCAACCAACGAAGCCUUUGAGAAGAUCCCACGAGAGACCCUGAACCGGAUCCUGGGGGACCCCGAAGCCCUGAGGGACCUGCUGAACCACCACAUCCUGAAGUCAGCCAUGUGUGCUGAGGCCAUCAUCGCUGGGCUCACGAUGGAGACGCUGGAAGGGACCACCUUGGAUGUGGGCUGCAGUGGGGAAGAGCUGACCCUCAACGGGAAGCCCAUCAUUGCCAACAAGGACAUCCUGGCUACUAACGGCGUUGUACAUUUUGUUAAUGAGCUGCUGAUCCCCGACUCAGCUAAGACCCUGUUUGAGUUGGCCCAAGAAUCUGAAGUGUCUGAGUCCAUGAACCUUUUCAGACAAGCUGGGCUCAGUUCUCAUCUAACAGGCAACGAGCGAGUGACCCUCCUUGCCCCAGUGAACGACGUAUUCAAAGAUAAACCUGUCUCUGUUGACAGCAACAUGAAAAACUUGCUUCUGAACCACAUUGUUAAAGAUCAGCUCUCCUCUAAAUACCUUUACCAUGGGCAGAAAUUGCAGACGCUGGGUGACAAGGAGCUGAGAGUUUUUGUGUACCGCAACAACCUGUGUAUUGAAAAUGCCUGCAUUGCUGCCCAUGACAAGAGAGGAAGGUUUGGGACCCUGUUCAGUGUGGACAAAAUGCUGACCCCACCAACUGGCUCCGUGAUGGAUGUUCUCAAGGCAGACCAUCGCUUCAGUACGUUGGUGGCUGCUAUCCAGUCUGCAGGCCUAACGGAGAACCUGAACAGGCCAGGUACCUACACGGUGUUUGCUCCAACAAACGAAGCUUUCCGAGCCAUGCCGCAAGGGGAACUGAACAAACUAAUGGGUAACGCCAAGGAGCUUGGCAACAUCCUCCGGUUCCACAUGGCCGAUGAGAUCCUGGUGAGCGGCGCGGUCAGCGCGCUCGUGAGGCUGAAGUCCAUGCAGGGAGACAAACUGGAAGUCAGCGCCAAAAACCACAUAAUACACGUCAACAAGGAGCCUGUUGCAGAGAGCGAUAUCAUGGCCACGAACGGUGUGAUUCACGCCGUCAACUCCGUCUUGCAGCCUCAGGCUUCACGGCCGCAAGAAAGAGGUGACGAGCCUGCAGAUCCCGCGUUAGAAAUCUUCAAACAGGCAUCUGCAUUAUCUAAGGUUUCUCAAAGGAAUCCUCGACUAGCUCCCGUCUACUCCAGGCUACUAGCAAAGAUGAAGGAGAACUCGGGCGGGUUCUGAGCUGCAGCCAGCGCCUCCAUCCGACCCGCCCUGCUGAACGCUACAGGGAAAAAACCAAAUAUCACCCUUAAAUUUAUUGUUGUUUCCAGUGAAAUGGAUAGGAAAAACUAAAAGCCAUAUAUAUAUGUAUAUAUUUUAAGACCGUUUUUAUUUGUUUUUGACCUUAAAGUUCCCCCACUGAGGAUAGGUUUUUGUUUGUUUUUGUUCGUUUUGUUUUUACAAAGUAGUCGUUAAUUUGCAGUUUUUCACAUACCCAGUUUAGGGCUUGAUCCCUACAAUGCACAAGGGCAGGGGCUUAAUUCAGCGCUGCUCCAGAAGCACGGGAAGAUGCCCAGAGCUUGCCUUGGGGCCACCUCACUCGGGGACACCGAAGGAGGAUGGAUUAAAGCCCCUCUUCCAGGUUCCCGUCUCUGGGAAUUCAGGCUCCCAAAGUGGGAAGCCAGGUGUGAGCUCACUGAAAACCCUCCUCCAAACCAGGGCCAGAAAUGGGAAAUUCGGGCCAGAAUGACUUGUGUGUGCUCAGCUCUCUGGGCAAAUGCGUCACUCAGGACUGAUUGUAUGUCUGGUGGUUGCUUUGGAGGAAGUAAAUUUGUUGAAUUCACUAGCGGUAUCCAAGCAAUACAUAUAUACAUGCGAAACAAACAUUGUUUUCCUUCUUCCCCUGUGUUUUAAAAGUCUACCACACAAUUCUGAAUUGAAGGCUUUUAACAAAAGCCUCUCUAUUGACAUUGAGGAAACUGCAUAAUUAUAAGCUAUGGUUUGAAA